GACACGGAGAGCCCGAUCCGCGCGGCCGCAUUGUGUGUGAGCGGACAAAGAGCGACACAGUCACGGUGUAUCAUCCCUGAGCUCCAGCAGGUAAGCGGGCAGGUGUCAUGACAGCCGACAUGAUGAAGUCAGAUCUCCUCCGUCGUUUGCGCCGCAGUGUCCGAGCGCAUCUGGCCGCGUGAACUUCUUCAUGUCUGGAUCCCAAAUCCGACCGUCUGGAGGGACAACGACGUUAGCUGGGCUUUCUCCAGCGCGCACGCAUCUGGCAGCGGGUAAACAAAGCCGGGCAGCCUUUGUUUCACCUCCUAAUUUAGCUCGUCGUUUUUUUCGCUUCAGCUGCGCCAAAUCUUACUUUUCAAGCUAACGGGAGCUAACUGGUAGCUAGCAGUAGCCGUUAGCCUCGGUGUAUAUUUAUUUUUUAGCUAACGUUAAUCCUGUGUUUUUUUGUACUGGCUGGAUGAGAUGUCAUUCACUAUGGAGGACAACUUGGAGUCCGGGUGGGUGUCCGUCCGACCCAGAGUCUUCGACGAAAAAGAAAGGCAUAAAUUUGUCUUUAUCGUGGCCUGGAACGACAUCGAGGGAAAGUUCGCCAUAACCUGCCACAACAGAACCGUGCAGAGACGGACCACUUUCCUCCUGGAGCCGCUCCUCGACGCUGCUUUGCUGCCUUCGCCCGGUGCCUCCGUGGCUGAAACGCGCACAAAAAGUCUUGUCGCGACGAAGAAGGAUGGACAGACGGGUAAAGUUAGACCUCACUCGGUCCCUAAAGGAAAAACAAAGGCUGUACUCGGGGACAAAAAACUCGGUAGUUCAAAGACAACCGAGUGUGUCUGCCCCACAUUAGGCUCCUGGGACAUUGUGACACCAAAAGUGAUAGAUAUCGAGAUCCUAGACCCGGUGGAUGUCCCGCUCUCUCCGGAUGAUCCAGAACCGGGGGACGGUGAGAGCAGCGGCCGUGAGGACUUCAGCUGGGCCGGGCUGUUCUCCUUCCAGGACCUGAGGGCAGCCCACCUCCAGCUGUGCGCCGUCAACUCGGACUUGGAGCCGUGUUUGCCCUCCUUCCCAGAGGAGCAGUCUGGUGUGUGGUCGGUGCUGUUCGGUGCCCCGGGGGUGUCGCAGCGGGAGACGGACGCCCUGUGCUACCAGCUGCAGGUGUACUUGGGUCAUGCCCUGGACACCUGCGGCUGGAAGAUUCUGUCGCAGGUGCUUUUCUCCGAGAGCGAGGACACGGAGGAGUACUACGAGAGUCUGAGCGAGCUGAGGCAGAAAGGCUAUGAAGAUGCUCUGGAGAGGGCCAAGAGGCGCAUGCAAGAG